AUGGCUCCUCCGAAUAUCAAAGUCCCGGGGCCCGACGACAGUCGGCCCAGGGCUACUCUAGCGACCCCGACUGCGACACAGUGGGCGACGACAACGCUCAAGGUUGGCGGCAUGACUUGCGGCGCUUGCACAUCCGCAGUCGAGUCGGGCUUCAAGGGCGUCGAGGGUGUUGGCAGCGUCUCCGUCAGCUUGGUCAUGGAGCGCGCCGUGGUCAUGCACAACCCGGAAGCGAUCUCCGCCGAUCAGAUUGCAGAGAUUAUUGAAGACCGAGGAUUUGACGCCGAAGUACUGUCCACCGACCUGCCGUCACCCAUGUUCCCCACAGACCAGAACCUGUUCGACGCCGAAGAGGACAGCGGAAUGCUGACGACAACGAUUGCGAUUGAGGGGAUGACUUGCGGCGCCUGCACGUCAGCCGUGGAGGGCGGAUUCAAGGAUGUACCGGGUGUCAAGAGCUUCAGCAUAUCGCUGCUUUCAGAAAGAGCCGUCAUCGAGCACGAUCCGGAUCUGUUGACCGCCGACCAGAUUGCCGAAAUCAUCGAGGACAGAGGCUUCGGCGCCGAGAUCGUGGACAGUGGAAGUGCCCAGCAGGAGAAGCCCAGAGCUAGCACCAACCCGAGCAGCUCAGUAGCGACAACAACCGUCGCGAUUGAGGGCAUGACCUGUGGAGCUUGUACAUCCGCCGUUGAGGGCGGUUUCAAAGAGGUGGAUGGCGUGUUGCGCUUCAACAUCAGUCUGCUGGCUGAGCGCGCGGUAAUUACUCACGACACGACGAAGCUGCAUGCGGAGAAGAUUGCCGAGAUCAUCGAGGACAGAGGGUUCGGUGCUGAAAUCCUGUCUACCGCCUUCGAAACGUCUACGCACGGUGGCGCAUCUUCUACCGCGCAGUUCAAGGUCUACGGAAACCCGGACGCCACACAAGCCUUGGCACUGGAAGCAAAGCUGUCAUCCAUCCCGGGCAUCAACUCGGCUAAACUCAGUCUGGCCACCUCCAGAUUGACUGUCACCCAUCAGCCAAACAUCAUCGGCCUGCGAGGCAUUGUCGAGGCCGUUGAGGCCGAGGGUCUCAACGCUCUGGUUUCCGAUAACGACGACAACAACGCCCAGCUUGAGUCGCUCGCCAAGACCCGCGAAAUCAACGAGUGGAGGAGAGCCUUCAAGAUGUCGCUCUCCUUCGCCAUCCCCGUCUUUUUUAUCAGCAUGAUUAUUCCCAUGUGUUUCCCCGCGAUAGACUUUGGCAGCUGGGAGCUUCUUCCUGGCAUUUUCCUCGGCGAUCUUGUCUGUUUGGCCCUUACGAUACCCGUCCAAUUCGGCAUUGGAAAACGUUUCUAUAUUUCUGGCUGGAAGUCCAUUAAGCAUGGAUCGCCGACCAUGGACGUCCUCGUCAUCCUCGGUACCUCGUGUGCCUUUUUCUUCAGUAUCAUGGCUAUGCUGGUGUCAUUCCUCUUCCCUCCUCACACCAGACCUGCCACCAUCUUCGACACCAGCACCAUGCUUAUCACCUUCGUCACUCUCGGCCGCUUCUUGGAGAACCGAGCCAAGGGUCAGACUUCCAAGGCUCUUUCGCGGCUGAUGUCUUUGGCCCCCUCCAUGGCCACCAUCUACGCCGACCCGAUUGCCGCCGAGAAGGCUGCUGAAGGCUGGGAGAACGCUGCGGCCUCCGGCGAGCCCAAGACCCCCAACCGUGAUGGUCACGCCGCUGAAGAGAAGGUCAUCCCUACUGAGCUUCUCCAGGUUGGCGACGUCGUUAUCCUGCGCCCUGGUGACAAGAUCCCUGCAGACGGUGUGCUCGUCCGUGGUGAGACCUACGUCGACGAGUCCAUGGUUACCGGUGAAGCCAUGCCUGUCCAGAAGAAGAAGGGCAGCUUCUUCAUUGGUGGAACUGUCAACGGCCACGGGCGUGUUGAUUUCAGAGUCACGAGAGCCGGACGCGAUACUCAGCUGAGCCAGAUUGUCAAGCUUGUCCAGGAUGCUCAGACCACGCGCGCUCCUAUUCAGCGACUUGCUGAUACUCUUGCUGGUUACUUUGUCCCUACUAUUCUGUUCCUCGGUUUCAUGACUUUCAUUGUCUGGAUGGUCCUCAGUCAUGUCCUUGCAAACCCACCAAAGGUCUUUACCGAGGAGGCUAGUGGUGGCAAGAUCAUGGUGUGCGUGAAGCUGUGCAUUUCCGUCAUUGUCUUUGCCUGCCCCUGCGCCCUCGGUUUGGCCACUCCUACUGCGGUCAUGGUGGGCACCGGCAUUGGCGCAGAGAACGGAAUCCUCGUCAAGGGUGGAGCUGCCUUGGAGACUACUACUAGAAUUACCCAGAUCGUUCUCGACAAGACCGGUACCAUUACCUAUGGCAAAAUGAGCGUCGCCAAGAUGAACCUCCUCCCGGCCUGGCAAGACAGCGAAUGGAGACGCCGCCUCUGGUGGCAUAUUGUUGGCCUUGCCGAGAUGGGCAGCGAGCAUCCUGUUGGCAGAGCUGUUCUGGGUGCUGCUAAGACGGAACUUGGCCUGGACGAGGAGGCAACUCUCGAGGGCAGUGUAGGCGAGUUCAAAGCCGCCGUCGGCAAGGGCAUCAACGCACUCGUCGAGCCGGCUGUCACCAACAACCGCACCCGCUACCGCGUCCUCCUGGGCAACGUCCGCUUCCUCCGCGAAAACAACGUCAAUGUCCCCGCCGAAGCGGUCGAGGCGUCCGAGCAACUCAACGUCAAGGCCAACUCCAGUGCCAAGAGCACCUCCGCCGGAACCACCAACAUCUUCGUCGCCAUUGACGGCUCGUACACCGGCCACCUCUGCCUCUCCGACACAAUCAAGGAGGGUGCUGCCGCCGCUAUUGCUGUCCUCCACCGCAUGAAGAUCAAGACUGCCAUCGUCACUGGUGACCAGCGCUCCACUGCGGUCGCCGUGGCCGCUGCCGUUGGCAUCUCACCCGACAAUGUGUUCGCUGGCGUGUCUCCGGAUCAGAAGCAGGCUAUCGUCCAGCAGCUCCAAGACCAAGGCGAGUGCGUCGGUAUGGUCGGUGACGGCAUCAACGACUCCCCCGCCCUCGCGACCGCCGACGUUGGUAUCGCCAUGGCCUCUGGAACCGAUGUCGCCAUGGAAGCCGCAGACGUUGUCCUCAUGCGCCCCACCGACCUCAUGGACAUCCCCGCCGCCCUCCACCUCGCCCGCUCCAUCUUCAACCGUAUCAAGCUCAACCUCGCAUGGGCCUGCCUCUACAACGCCAUCGGUCUGCCCUUCGCGAUGGGCGUCUUCCUCCCGUUCGGCUUCCACCUGCACCCCAUGGCCGCCGGCGCCGCGAUGGCCUGCUCCUCCGUCAGCGUCGUCGUCUCCUCCCUGCUGCUCAAGUUCUGGACCCGCCCUAGCUACAUGGUCGACCCGUCCGCGCAAACCAAGCGCCGCGGCUUCGGUAUCGUCAACAGGGUCAAGUACGUCGUCCGUCGCCUCAGAGGCAGGCGGACGCAGGACCAGGGUUAUGUGCCUCUGGCCAACAUGGCGGACCGGGACGAGUAG